GCGACGGCGGCCGCGGCGGCGGGGCCGAGGGGACGCGCGGGUGGCGGCGUCGCCAUGUCGCAUGGCCACAGCCACGGCGGGGGCGUUUGCCGCUGCGCCGCCGAACAAGAGGAGCCGCCCGAGCAGCGCGGCCUGGCCUACGCCCUGUACUUGCGCAUCGACCUGGAGCGCUGCAGGUGCCUCAACGAAAGCCGCGAGGGCAGCGGCCGCGGCGUCUUCAAGCCGUGGGAGGAGCGGACCGACCGCUCCAAGUUUGUUGAAAGUGAUGCGGAUGAAGAGCUUCUGUUUAAUAUUCCAUUCACAGGCAAUGUCAAGCUCAAAGGCAUCAUCAUAAUGGGAGAGGACGAUGACUCACACCCUUCUGAGAUGAGACUGUACAAGAACAUUCCACAGAUGUCCUUUGAUGAUACAGACAGGGAGCCAGAUCAGACCUUUAGUCUGAACCGGGAUCUUACCGGAGAACUAGAGUAUGCCACAAAAAUUUCUCGUUUUUCAAACGUCUAUCAUCUCUCAAUUCAUAUUUCAAAAAACUUUGGAGCAGAUACCACAAAGGUCUUUUAUAUCGGCCUGAGAGGAGAAUGGACUGAGCUUCGCCGACAUGAGGUGACCAUCUGCAACUAUGAAGCAUCAGCCAACCCAGCAGACCACAGGGUCCAUCAGGUUACCCCACAGACACACUUCAUUUCCUAAGGGCUGGCCGAGGCUCCCACACUGUGUCAGUGAAGAUGUACGACAUCCUGUUGGGAAGGACAGAGAGAUGGGCUCCAGAGAGAGUUGGCUGCCACAGCCUCUGCCAAGCUUUGUCUUUGGGGCUUGCUGCAGAAGCCUGGCCUGUGGAAGACACCACACCACCAGGGAGGGUUGUGUGGGUGCUGAGGGACAAUCAUGAUUUUCUAGGGCCCUGCAGAAAUUGGGUCUUGGGCUGGUCAGCAUCUGACAGUUAUGGAUAAUGCCAGCCUUUCCAGUCAAUGUGGCCAUGGAAUCCCAAGUGUCUUGUUGCUUUCUGGCAGGAUUUUUGUGUGACUUGUUUUUUUAAAAAUGGAAACUUUCUGGGCUGCAGUAAACUUUCUGAAGCCUCAGCGUUGUGUUUGUAUUAGCCAUAAGGAGGGUCUCCAACUAGAAAUACUUGUUCCUGCUUGCUCCUUCUUCCUGUCAUCGUUCGGCCUUCUUGUCAAGUUGCCAAGCUUGAAGUUGUCUGUCAUGCAGUAGAGUCUCAUGGUUAUAGCUAGAAGAGCAGGAAUCUCCUGAUGUUGCUUAAGAGCUUGAGGAGAAAGUCUUUUUUCCUGCUGCCUAGGUAAGCAGUCUGGGGAGAGCAUGGGCAUCAUUUCUGUGUUUGUGGGUAUCCUGGUCGUGGUAAGAUUGGGACUUAGGUAAGAUUCCUGUUGGGACAUCCUUAAUGUUUAUUAGCUUCUAACUAGUGUUGUAAGCCCAAUGCCAGAAUUUGGAGAUCUCAGUUCUUCUGUUUAUGGCUUUUUAUUCACUGUGACUAAUAAGCUUCCUAAUAAAUCCUUGCCAGACUUAA